AGGCUACCCCAUUAUUUACAACACAUCAAAUAAAUAAUAAACCAAAAUUCUCUUUAACAACUUCUCCACUUUCUCCCCACCACCGCCGGAGAAAGAAAACCACCACCACCAUGACCUUCAAAGACUGUGGCUCCCACACUCACUCUCGCCGGAAACUAAUCCGGCGGCGAAUAAUAUGGUCAAUAAUCUUCAUCCUCUUCAUCAUCUGCCUCACAAUCCUUCUCAUUUGGGCAAUCCUCCAACCUUCAAAGCCACGUUUCAUCCUCCAAGACGCCACCGUCUACGCCUUCAACGUCUCCGGCAAUCCACCGAACCUCCUCACCUCCAACUUCCAAAUCACUCUUUCUUCCCGGAACCCUAACGACAAGAUCGGCAUCUACUACGACCGUCUUGACGUCUACGCUACUUACCAUAGUCAACAGAUCACUUUCAGAACAUCGAUCCCUCCGACGUAUCAGGGACACAAAGAAGUCAACAUAUGGUCGCCGUUUGUCUACGGGACCUCCGUUCCCGUCGCUCCGUUCAACGCCGUUAGUCUUGACGGUGAUCAAGAUAACGGCGCUGUGACGCUGAUCAUCCGUGCUGACGGUAGAGUGAGGUGGAAAGUUGGGACGUUUAUUACAGGGAAGUAUCAUCUUUACGUGAGGUGUCUUGCGUAUAUUAACUUCGGUAAUAAAGCUGCCGGAGUUAUUGUCGGAGAUAACGCCGUUAAGUAUACGCUUACGAGUAGUUGUAGUGUUAGUGUCUAAAACGGCGGCGGAGCGAAAUUAGGUGAGCUAAUUAACGACUCCAUUAUAUAUUAUAGUCUUCUUAAUUAUCAUAAAGUGAUGUGAAUUGUACAUUUUGCUUAUACGAUGGCAAAUAUUACAGAUCCGCGAUGUUGUUGUGAUGAGUUGUAAGAAUUUAAAUACGAAUACUUUUUAAAUAAUUGAA